CGCGCCAUUUACCGCUUAGAGUGCAAAGGCAAGUAAUUUUUACGUCAUGGUGAUUUUCCCAAAUGUGACUACCGAGCUCUGGCUCUUUCAUCUGUCCUGACAGAAAAACGCGCAACUCGGUACCAUCUGAAUUGUUUCAGGUAUAAUUUUUUUAAUAGUUGUUAUCGCCUGAUUUAACGGUGGAUCUUGCCAGCAAUCUUCCCCUGGGUUAUACCCUGCCCUCUGGCUUGGUCCCUCCUCUGAUGGACAAGAAGAAGCCGCCCAGCCAGCCAGUGAAACGACCUCGCAUCGAUACUCCGACAAUGUCAAUUCGUGGACCAAUUCCUAAUGGGCCUCUGCAGCCACGCCCUCUGGUGGCUCUCCUUGACGGUAGAGACUGCUCUGUGGAGAUGCCUAUCUUGAAGGACGUGGCAACCGUCGCAUUCUGUGAUGCACAAUCAACACAGGAAAUACACGAAAAAGUAUUAAAUGAAGCUGUAGGGGCAUUAAUGUGGCACACAAUUACCCUGACAAAAGAAGACUUGGACAAAUUCAAAAGUUUACGAGUUGUUGUCCGAAUUGGAAGUGGCUUUGAUAAUAUUGACGUGAAGGCAGCUGGAGAGAUGGGUAUAGCUGUGUGUAAUGUGCCAGGCUAUGGGGUGGAGGAAGUGGCUGACUCCACGGUGUGUUUAAUAUUAAAUUUAUAUCGACGGACAUACUGGCUCGCCAAUAUGGUGCGGGAUGGAAAGAAAAUUAGUGGACCAGAACAACUACGGGAAGCUGCUCAAGGGUCUGCCCGUAUCCGUGGAGAUACUCUUGGAAUUGUGGGAUUAGGUCGAAUAGGGACAGCUGUGGCAAUACGAGCCAAGGUAUUUGGGUUCAAUGUCAUUUUUUAUGAUCCCUAUCUCCCUGAUGGGGUCGAAAAAUCUUUAGGGGUGACGCGGGUUUACACGCUACAAGAGCUGUUGUUCCAGAGUGACUGUGUGACGCUGCACUCGAAUCUGAAUGAACACAAUCAUCACCUGAUCAAUGAUUACACCAUCAAACAGAUGAGACCUGCAGGUGCAUUUUUGGUGAACACCGCGCGUGGUGGGCUGGUGGAUGAACACGCGCUGGCGUCCGCAUUAAAGGAUGGAAGAAUCAGGGCCGCUGCUCUGGACGUUCACGAGAAUGAGCCGUUGAUGGCUACAGCAGGCGCACUGAAAGACACACCAAACCUCAUCUGCACUCCCCAUGCAUCAUUCUACAGUGAGCAGAGUGUCACCGAACUCCGCGAGAUGGCGGCUGGCGAAAUACGGCGAGCCAUCCUCGGUCGCAUCCCUGACAACCUUCGGAACUGUGUCAACAAAGAGUAUUUCAGUCCAACUCCAAGCACUGUUCCGAGGUACCCGUUCCCUCCAUCUGCGUUCCCGGACACAAUGAAUGGGGCGGGUUUUCCCCCGUUCAACCCCAGUGCGGCUGCGGCAGCCAUGGGUGUCCACUCGACAACAGAUCCCCAUCCUGUUGUGUCGCACUCCACACCUCACACCACCGAGACUGGACACAACAUGUCAAACAUGACCAAAUCAGAAGGCUCUGAAGUUCAUUAGGACAAAGAAGAUGAAAAACGAGUGCUCGUGGGUGUUUUCACUAAUAAAAAAAACUGAACAUCAAAGAGAAAUUUGUGAAGAGGCAUUCAACUGAUGUGUUAACACAAUCUGUCACCCCUUGCUUUCUCUGUGUAGACUUCCCUAAUUUUGUCUAAAUUGGUUGAUUUGGGAAAGUCUGCUUGUAGUCGGUGGGGGUGGUGACUGGACUUAUGACGUUUUCGCAUUUGUUUGUCUUGGAAUUUUAACAGACUGAUUAAUUGAUCGGUGUGGCCAAGAAUGAAGAACGGUCAGUCAUUUGUUGGUCUGAUAUGAUUGAUGUAUAAAACAAGACUUUUUUAUUCUACGGAGCUCUUGUCAAUUAAAAGUGAAUUCAUUGUUCCUCAUAACAGCCAGGAAACUUGGAGAGAAAAAAAUGGAUUCUACAUGGAUGCAACGUUUAAUAUGACGGAUGUGUUGUAGAUUUUUUUGGUUAACUUUUUUUUCCUCCUGAAAAUUAAACCAAAAUUUGCAGCAUCGAUUCCAUGUAACAAAAGUGUCUGAUAUUGCACAAAGUUUAUGCUUUAAGCUCAUAGGAGUAAUGCAUUUAGCGAAAGCUUGUUGAAACUUUACAAAUGUCAUUUUCUCUUGGUAGGGCAAAUUGUUAAUAGUUAUAUAUGACAAAGUUUUGUGUUUAUCGGAAAAGGUCAACAUUGCAUACUACUUUUAUCCUUUUGAAGAUUUUGGUUCUCACAAUUUGUUAACAGAGUUCACAGAAGUCCUGGAAAAAUGUUUGUCACUGGUCUUUAUAUUUUAUCACAUCCCGGUCAGGUACACGAAAUAUAUUUUAGAAUAUCGGACGACCAUUGUAAAUCAGAUUAGUAGAAAGAAAAAAAUUGACAUCAAUUAUGACUCCAGAAGUAAUUAUUUGCCCCAGUUUGGUUGAAAUCUGACAGUUGAACAAUUGGCAGCAAAAAUAUCUAUCAGGAUUAAGAUUUUGAGCAAAAAUUUAAAAAUGACUAUUUAAAUAACCACAAAUUAUGUUUUAAAAAUUUGUGGUUGAAAGAUUUUAUUCAAAAGUAUGUUUAAUUUUACAUGCUUUAUAUAAUAGUAUAGCUUCUAAAAUAACAAAACGUUUUAAUAAUAAAAAAAAACAAAAAAACUUUAAAACAAAUUAAAUUUGUCACGGGUAGAUGUUAUAAAAACAAACAAAAAAGAAGAAAAAAAAGUGAAAACUGUUUUUCAUGUUUCUUUGUUUUAACUACCUGCUAGUUAAAAAACUCUAAAACUAUUAGGAUGUAAUUCUCAUGGCUCAGUUUUGCAGCAUUAUGAAAGCUUUAAAGAGGUUGUUUUAAAAAAGUGGGAACCCAGGCAUGUUGAUUGCAGGGGCCAAACGUGGAGGGUUGGAGAGAGUUCAGACACGAGAAGAAUUGCAUUGUAAAACUGAUUUCAUUAAACUGGAAAAACACAAUAUCCACAGUGGAAUGAAAAAACAACAACUUGUCAGCAGUGAUUUACGAGUAAGCACACUAGAGCUAUGAAUUAAUGUUAGUGUUUAAUAAGGUGAACCCAUUUCUCUGAGGUUAUUUAACCAUCUCCACGCAUGGUCAUUUGCAUUUUAGCCAAUCGCUGGCUGUUCGCAUGUUUGAACCAGUCUGUUGUAACAUGAGAAAUGGUUUCAGAGGUCAGAUAGGUAUUGAUGAAAAAAGAAAGUAUAGUUUUCCUCAUUCCGUUAGAAUCUAAUAUAACUUGGCAGAAGAGGGCAAAUCAGUACAUUAAUUCUCAGAUGUAAAAAAACGGAAAUUUGGUUGAGAAUGAAGAUCCGUCAUUUGAGAAUUAGGAUUUAUUUCACAUGUUAGGAAAUUGUGGAAUCACACACCAAUGUAAACAUGGUCCAUUCACCCGGUUUAUACACUGAACCAUUAUAAACUUUUUACUGAUUGUCCGCUUCAAAACCUCCCCAAAAUUAAUACCCUACCCAUCGAAUCAAAAUGGCUUUGACAUUAAAUAUAGUUGCCAAAAUUUGUUAUGCCACACUUCGGUUUGAUUUUCACGUGUUAUGUUUUUUCUUUUUCUAUGGGAUAAAUAUAAAUUGGGAUCAGGUGGUUAAAAAUACACUUGUCUAUGUUUUUAGGCUUCAUAUAAAAUGUGCAUUAAAAGUGGUCUUUUUAAAAAAAAAAUAUAUUUAAUUGACAAAUGUUUUUGUGAGCUACGUUAUCCAUGGACCUUUUAGUUAUGAGAGACAGUUGAUGAAUGUACAUAAAUUGCCGGGAGUCAGACUGUAUUGAAAUGGGUUUCCGUACAGUUUUACCAUUUUUUGACCUGUCUGCAUAAAUUUGCCAAUGGGUCUUGUGUGUUGCCCAGGUGUGAGGUUUGUCACUGAAACCUGUAUACAUGUAUUCUACAUAAACUAUCAUACUUGAUCAUCCUAUAGCAUUUACAGACGAGCUGUGUUGUCUUUUAUGAACAAUUCAGUUUUUAAUUUUGUCGAUUUUCUUUAGUUAAAAUUCACGAUUUAGGAAUAAUUCUUGAAAUGGAUGUUUCCUCAUUUUUGAACAAGAAAUUUCUUUCAACAGUGUGUGACAAUCUUUAAAAAAAAAUGUCUAUUUUUGAAAAUUUCAAACUUGUGUCAUCUUGUCGUAUUCUUUUUGUUAUCCACAUUUAUGCAGUUAUUUCAUUGUUCAUUUUUAUUAGGAGGUAUGCAUUACAGGAAGCAAUUCAUCUUAUGUCAUUCAUCAUUUUACAUUUUUUUUAAUUUUUUUUUUAAACAAUUGUCAAGAAUAAUGAAUUUGUCCAUUUGUACAGCUAAACUGUAGUUAGUCCAUUCCAACUUGUCCCCAAAAAUACACACUAUAUAUUUUCUAGUUGAUCACAGAUUGAAAAUGAAUAUUACAAUUUAUUAAAAAAACAAUUUGCAGUGACUAACCUGCACAUGUAGUUUUUAAUAAAUGUAGCGAUAACCGUGAGUGAAAGGUUUUAUUUUCAGCUUGUCCCAUCAUUGCAGGUUAUUGCUAAUUGACAUCAGACGGGCUUUGCUUGCGUUUGCCAAGUUGUGUGUGAACAGGGCCUAGGGGUAAAACAUCGAGGGCCAUGGGGUUUUAUGGGGAUGUGUUGUGAACUUUUUUGUUCCUUUAUGCAGUGUUCAUCUUGUGGGUAAUUUACAAUAUUUGCUGAGUCCCCAUGCAGAGCAUAUAGUGGAAUACCAAAGAUUUCAUUUUAGUAGUGUUGGAUUAUUGAUGUUUUUACCUUGUCCGCAAGGAGCAGUGGUUUGUGUUUUCCUUACUUUUUAUUGUCAUAAUGAUCAAAAUGAAGGCCUAUAUUUCCUCAGAACAUUAUAAAACUGCAGAUGAAUGAAGGCAAUGAUUUUAAACUGCGAGAUACUCUCAUUUCCUUAUAGCACUGGUAGUUCAUUUGAUCUACAUUUCAAACUUGUCCACAAGAUGUACUACAUAAUGUUUCUUGUUGGCAUGUAAAUGCACAAACAGUAUUUUUCCAUUUCAGUCUUGUGGAAGAAACUUCAUUUACAAAGGUUUGCAUUUUGUCAGCAAUCAUGUAAUCCAUUAUUGUAAUAUUGUAGAACUUGCUCUGUUAAUUCUUUCUGUCAACAUAACUUGUCAAGAUUAUAUUUGUGUGGACAUCAUAGCAAAUCCACAAUAUAAAAUUUGUUUAGGUUACGGUGGGAUAAAAAAAAUUGUAGAUGUUAGAACACUUCACAUCAUUCAUGAGAUUAUUAGAAUUCCAUAAAAGAAAACACUUGGUUUUUAUUGCUAUCACCCAUACGGAGUUAAUGAAAGUGCCUUUAUGGAAUAUUUUUAAUCCCAAAAACAUCGGAAAAAGAGGGUUUAAAAUUGGUGUGUACUUCCACGUUGAAUAUCUGCAUACUGGGCCAAAUAUCCUAAAUUUGCCCAAUUCCUAGGUUAAAUCCUAACAUGUAGUAUAGUUACAGUGAAAACAGUUUUAAUAUUUUAUACCAGAAGAUUAAAUAUCCGUAUUGAAUGUGCAUUGGGAAUCUGUGUGUUUGGAUCCACGUAGGUGAGGUUGCCCCAUGGCCCAGUUCACAAAGACACUGGUUUGAGAUGGCUCACUACUAAUGUAGCCAGAUGGUAGAUUCUUGCUGUAGAUGCAACUUGGACAAAGCCAGUGUAACUGAUCUGAUCUUCCAGUAUCAUUUUAUGAAUAAACAUUAAAAUUUU